CGGGCGGGGAGGGGGCUGUGUCCUCGGGGGGCGUGGGGGGGCGGAGGGAUUUUCCUCCCCCCCCCUAUUGUUCUCGUCCCUCCGCGCCCCCCGUUAAUCCCCCCUCAAUCUGGGGCGGGGGGAUCCCCCCAGUCCCCCCGGUCCAUGGUGAGGCGGAGGCGCCGGCAGCGCCCAGAGAAUGGUGAAUAACACUGAAGACCCUCAAGAGGCUUUGUAACGUCCCAUCCUCAUGUAAAGUAUGCUCAGAACUUUUCCAGUAGUCCUGCUGGAAACCAUGUCUCACUACACAGACGAGCCAAGGUUCACCAUAGAGCAGAUCGACCUCCUGCAGCGCCUGAGACGCACGGGAAUGACCAGGCAUGAGAUCCUGCACGCCCUGGAGACCUUGGACCGUCUCGACCAAGAGCAUAGCGACAAAUUCGGGAGAAGGUCUGGCUACGGAGGCGGCUCCUACAGCAACAGCACCAACAACGUCCCGGCGUCUUCCUCGACGGCCACGGCUUCCACACAGACCCAGCACUCCGGGAUGUCCCCGUCCCCGAGCAACAGUUACGACACCUCCCCACAGCCUUGCACUACGAAUCAGAACGGGAGGGAGAGUAACGAGAGGUUGUCCGCCUUCAACGGGAAGAUGUCGCCCACCCGCUACCCCCUGGCCAACAGCCUGGCCCAGAGGUCCUACAGCUUCGAGGCUUCCGAGGAGGACUUGGACAUCGAUGACAAAGUGGAGGAGCUGAUGAGGAGGGACAGCAGCGUGAUAAAGGAGGAAAUCAAAGCCUUCCUCGCCAACCGGAGAAUUUCCCAAGCAGUUGUUGCACAGGUAACAGGUAUCAGCCAGAGCCGGAUCUCCCAUUGGCUGUUGCAGCAGGGGUCAGACCUGAGUGAACAGAAGAAAAGGGCAUUUUACAGAUGGUACCAGCUUGAGAAGACAAAUCCUGGGGCUACACUAAGCAUGAGACCCGCUCCCAUCCCACUAGAAGAGCCAGAAUGGAGACAGACGCCUCCCCCAGUCACAGCUACCUCUGGGACCUUCAGACUACGGCGAGGCAGUCGGUUCACGUGGAGAAAGGAGUGCCUGGCUGUUAUGGAGAGUUACUUCAAUGAGAAUCAAUAUCCCGACGAGGCAAAGAGAGAAGAAAUUGCCAAUGCCUGUAAUGCAGUUAUACAAAAACCAGGAAAAAAAUUGUCAGAUUUGGAGCGAGUUACCUCCCUCAAAGUGUACAACUGGUUUGCCAACAGGAGGAAGGAGAUCAAGAGAAGAGCCAAUAUCGAAGCAGCAAUCCUGGAGAGCCAUGGAAUAGAUGUACAGAGUCCAGGAGGCCAUUCCAACAGCGACGACGUGGACGGCAACGACUACUCGGAGCAGGACACUUGGCAAGUACGCAACGGGGAGGAGGAGGGACGAUGUUCCGAGGGAGGCAGAGAAGCAGAGAAGGUAGAAGAAGACAGGAGGAUCUGCUCCAAACAAGAUGACAGCACUAGCCAUAGUGACCACCAAGACCCCAUUUCUUUAGCCGUGGAGAUGGCAGCAGUCAACCACACCAUCCUGGCGCUGGCCCGGCAAGGAGCCAACGAGAUCAAGACAGAGGCUCUCGACGACGACUGAUGCCAAGAAAGGGGAGGGUCAGAGCAAGAAGUAACUUAGUUUUAGACGUAGCACCUUAGCAGACUUUCCUCGGUCCUUAAUAUGUGUUCUUACAGUAUAACUUUGCAGUUUCUUGUACGUCAGUUAGCUGUUAGGGUCUUGUUCUGUGAAGAUGGCAUGGUGCCCUCAGCCUUUGCGUAUACUCUCUCAGUAUUAAUUCCCAAUAAAUAAUCAAUCAACCAACCAACCUCCCUCUCCCGGCCCCCAGUGGCUAGAAAGGUAAAAUCAAAAAAAAAAAAAAAAAAAAAGAAAAAAGAAAAAAAAAAGGAAAAAAAAGAAAAGGAAAAAAAAAAUUCUUGCUGCUCUGUCUUAGCAUUCAAAGUGCUUCCAGGUAUUUUAGACAGCCCUCAAUUACAAGUCUUAGGCUACACUUAAAAUCUUGGAUAACCUUAGAGAUCGUGUUGAAACCGAUAGUCCGUACGCAUUCCCUGCCCUGAGACUGAAAGGAUGCAAGCUGAGGUAGUGGCACAGGGUCGAUGGACACCAGACUGGGAGUAUCAACAGAGAGUAAAAAGAACACUUAGAAACCCCACUCCAGCAUGGGAAUAAACGAUUUCCAGCUGCAAUAAGCCGUGCCUCACUGGUCAUACAGUGACUCCGUUUACUUUCGGGUGCUGUGCUGAGAAUGUCCAUUGGAAGCACAUUCCCACAUUUCGGUUGUUGCUCACAUGUUCAACACAGACAUCCUCUACUCUCACAAGCUGCGUGGCUUAGUGGAGAAGUGCUGCCUUCUGCCUCUGGGACCAUGGUUGAAGCCCAGCCUGGGAUCAAAUGAAAAAUGAGCUGAAUGUCUAAUGGACAACAGUCCACUUCUCAGAACCACUGCUCGUUCUUGGCAUGGCUGGCAGUGCCUGCUCAGAAGAGGUCUAGACUCUUUCUUACCCAUCUGUCAUUAACAAUUUCACCUUUAAUUCCUCCUCUCUCACCUUCUCUGUCCCCCACCCUACUCCCCUCUCCACUUUGCCGCUUUCGAAAGCAAUGUUUUCUGGGAAGGUUGUUAAGGUCCUAAAAUGGGUGAGUGGAUUUUUACGCGCCUGUGUAAGUAACGCCUACAUCCUGACUAGCCUGAAAGGUUACUGGAGAAUUCGACAUCUGACCUUGGCUAGAUAACCAUCAGAGCAUAAACAUUCUCCUAAAUAUGAACUCCUUUUGUUUGUUUGAAGGCAGGAGGAUCUCUUACCUGAGAAAUGGGGUGUGAAUGUUUUGUGUUCUCUUUACUCUGUCUUUGUUAAGGUGUGAGAAAGCUAUACUGCUACGAGCAAUUUAAUUAAUAAUUGGAAGCCAUACUGAUAAUGGAUGUGGUAAUAUUUGUAAAGCAAACCUACUCUAAGUAGCAGGAACUAAUGGAAUUGUUUUCCUUGAUCAUAUGUAGCACUUUUGUUACUUUUUUCUUAAAGAUAUUUAUAUUUGAUAAGUCUUUUUUUUUAUCAUUUGAGAAUUCCAAAUACCAAACAGCGAACUUGCAUUACAGAGUCACCCUCCGAUCACCUUGUCAUCUAGUAUCUAAAUGAUGAACUGUGUGUGCAUCUAAGAAAAUUACAUCUGCUAGCAUUGUGUGGAAAUGAUCUCCUGGCGUCCUGAUAAAAUGAUAUGUUGCUGCCGGUAAGAGGAAACAUUUUGAUGGAAACAGCACGAGAAGCGUUAGAGACGGGCAGGGCUGUGUUACAUUAACAGAGAACAAAUUAAAAACCUACGGAGAUUUUUGUAUGGAGACACAUACAUAAAAGUUUGCCUAGCGUUUCCUCCACAUUCUGCUUUAUCUUCCCAGGAUGUGUGGGAAUGGCUUAAAGAGGGGAAAACAGCUCAGUCUGAAGGAUGAGUUUCCCUUUGCUCCCCUCCGCUUUCGAGGUGGAGCGAAGGGAAGCUGCUGUUACUCGCCUUGUUCUCAUCCCUUCCUCCCUCUUAACUGGCAGAGAGCUUCGUGACCCCUCCAGUGUGGCUCCUCAGCAGGUUUUGAGCCAGGCUGAGCCCUCCACAUCAGCUUCCCCUCUGCCCCUGUGGAGCAGACUGCUCCCCCAAGUGCCGAGGAGAUCCUGUGCUCUCCGAGGUGCCACCUCUUUGUCCCUUGGAAGAUCUAUAGUUAGGGCUUGGCCUCGACUUCUACUUAUGGAUUUCAUUGGAAAAUUUGUGUGCUUUCCUUAGAUAUAGAUCAGUGGAGCAGAAUGAAGCCGUCUUUCUCUGUUUUAUUGUGUUUCUUGGGUAGGCAAAUUCACAAGUAGUGUCAGGGCGGACUCAGGAAAGGCAGGAUUGGAUCAGUGACCGCUGCACCACUGCAGUUAUUUUCUUACUGCCUCUAUGAAUGUUUUGGUACUAAGGAGUGAAAGGAUGGGGAGAGCUUUUUAUUUCUAUUUUUGCACAGCAGAAUGAUUGAGCAAACUGGAGCCUUAGUGGAAUUUUACCUAGUUAUUCAUUCCACAGUCACACACUGAGCUGACAAGCAACAUCCACAAUUUAUAGUAAGGAGAUUUUAAUAAUCGAUGACCUCUUUACGUUGGGCUUGCCACCACCAUUUGUUCUGGCUGUUUCAUUUUAAAAAGAACAGACUCAAACUGUUGGACAGCUGCAAUUUUAAAAGAAAUAUUGCUUAUUGCUUACUAUACUAUCUGGGAAAAAAAAAAAAAAGCAUUGUUUGAGGCUUUGCCUUUUUAAAGCAAUAGGGAAGAAUAAAAAUAGUACUAGAACUUCUCUAUCCUGAUUAUAGGUUCAUGUCAUGCAGGAUCAAAGCAACACCACUGAAAUUGUGUGUCUGUACCAUCUAAUGUGGAAUAAUCUGGUCUUAAUUCUGUUUGUCACUGUCAGGAAGCUGCUGACAUCCCACGCCAGUAUCUUCUCUGAAGGUUAAACAGGUAAAAAACCCCUUGUGAGCGACUGGAGAUUGGCAGAUCUUCCUGGGCUGUAAAUACCAGCCUUCUACCUUCCCACAUUGUCAUCGUACCAGAGAAAAUACCAGAUACCUGGGGAAUCAACCCCUCGGUUCUGUGGGGUCAGUGUUUGGGGUGUGCCUGUUCUGGCUUCUCUUUGGGCAUCGGGAGUGCGAGAAACAAGUGGCACCUCAGAGGAGGCAGUGGGACCUCAGCUGUCCCCAGGCUGCUCCUGACAGGUUGUUCUCUUCAUCCUGGAAGUUCAGAAGGAGCCAAUUUGCAGUUGGUCGAUCCCUUUUUGGUUUGAGGUGAAUUACCUGUAGUGGGACAGUUGCUGAUGUGAUGGUACCGAGAUGAGCGAAUGUGAUCUGGAGUAAGUGACAGAAUCGGUGGAGGGUGUGUCCUGGAAUUCAGGAAUCCUGGAAUUCUUUCUUUUGAGGGGGGGUUUCCACGAUGUGGGAGUUGUCUUUGUCUUUCUGUCUGUGGUUUUCCUUGGAAAUGAAGCCUCAUUUUGGUAGCGCUGCAAUGGAGUGGCAGCUUGAUGUAGCCAUGCUGGAGUCACUGCAGUUUGUUCUCUGGGGGUUCCCUUGAAGUGGCUCUGGUGCAGAUCCAAGCUACCUUUUUGUUCUGUGAACAGAGAGGAAGAUAAUGUAGGAAGCUCCUCAUCUGUGAUGGUCAGAGAUUGCUUUUACCUUUGUAGAGUGAGUUCUGGCUGAUACUUUGUCCCUCAUGAAGUCCUUCUACUUGAGUUGUUGUCUCUGACCGUCUUCUUAAAACAACAGUUUCUACCUCCACUUCUUUUCUGGAUUGUUUUGGUGUUGUGUUUGUUUUUUUUUUUUUUUAUUUCCCCCACCCCUUUUCCUGAAGUACGAGAUCCCAAACACUUGUAAAAGCCUUAUGAGUUGAUAAAAAUCAGCGCAUUUGUUUUCUGUUGAUCUUCUGAAUGCUCUGUAGACACACGUUUGGUUGUUGUGAAAUCCCGUCCUGGAUGUCAGUCUGCAGUGCACCUUUGCAGCAAUUAAGGAAUCUCAUUAAGAGCCUUCAGGAGGUCAUGGAAAGGAUUUGGACCCCUCUGUCCAUCAUUUGUGGGACCAUUGUGUGGGCAGGAGGGGUGAGAUGGGAGGGUUGGAGCACGUCACAUAGUGGGAGAUUGCAGGAGCUGGGAUUGUCCAGGCUGGCUCUGGGGACAUCCCAGAUUUUGGGUUUUAACUGUCUUAAUAAAUUAGUUCUAACUUGGGGGUCCAGUGCAGGUUCAGGAGUUGGACUUUGAUGAUUUUUGUGAGUCCCUUCCAACUCAGGAUGUUCUGUGAUUCCAGAGAGCACGGAGCCAGGCUCUUCUCAGAGGUGCCCAGCAAAAGCCUGAGGGGCAGAGGGCUAAAGCUGCAUUAAGGAAAUUCCCAGAUGAAUAUAAAUAGAAGUAUGUUCAUGCUCAGUGGUAAAAGUGGUCCAGAAAGUCAGUGAAAUUCCCAUCCUUGGGAAUUCAAAAUUCAAACUGGACAAGGUUGGAUUAGAGACCUCCAGAGGUCUCUUCUGACCUAAAUUAUUCUCUAAUUCUGUGCAGACCUGCCCAGGUUGAGGUGUUCCCUAGUUCUGAUUUGUACAUGUUGACUUGUUUAAAGAAAUUCUGAUAAUUUGUUCAGGGUUUUUUCUGUUUUGCUAUUCAUAAAAAUUAUCUUUUCUAGUUUACUAAUAGAGAGGAGCUUUAUUUGCAGGGUCUGGCUCCAGGCUCCAAUCAAGCCAUAAGUUAGAGAUUUCAUUAAUAAUUUGCUCUGUUUACACAGUUCUUCAGGGAUAUUUGACUUACUCUGUUUGUUUCAUUGCCUAACAUCAGACUGGUAAGUUUUUCAUGUUUUUGUAACGUUUGUGAUUUGUAGAUCAGUUUUUGCCGCCUUUUGUGAAGAUUUAUCUUUGUCUUGCUGCUGUGAGUGCAAGUGAGAACCUCCAAGUAGCUGAACCUGUUUCAGGAAAAACUGGGGUUAACUCAAGCCCACUGGUGACUACUGUGGUAAGCCAGAAAUUUUGGGUCAGUAAAUCACAUAUUGGUGAUUAUUAGGAGCUGAAAGGGUUUGACUGGGAAAAAGUCAGAUUACGCUCACUUGGAUCCCCCUUUCCUUAUGCUGUUGGCCACUUCUGAGAAAAGCAGUGUGGUAGCUGAAACAGAUUUUAUUUUUCAUACAGAUAAACCCACUAAAAUUGGUGUAAGAAUUUUCCAAACUCAGAGUUGCUGCCUGGAUGCAGGAUGUUGGUUCCCUGUGUGUGAUCCUAACUGGGAUCCAAAGCUGGAGUCACACUUUCUUUUGCAAAUUACUAAAUUCAGUGUGAGACCCUGCCCGUAAUCCUGAGCUGUGGGUGUUCAUUUGGGGGUGGUUCCCAACCCCUCCUCUGCUUUAUCCCUACUCAUUUUAAUUAAUAUUUGUAAUAAUGUUCCUCCUCCCACUCCAGCUCCAUCAUGGUGCAGCCCCCCACUUCCCAGGGCUCAUCAGCUUCCUUAAAGCUCAUUGUGUAAUUACCAGCAAAUUUUGGGGGGUUUCAUCGAAACUUUGCUCUCCUUUUAUCAGAGUUUUCCCCACUCAAGUAGCUCUUGCACUCUUUGAAGUUAUUUAACUUGAUAAUAUUAUUUUGAUCGAAGUCUUAAGCUUUUUUUGGCAAUAAUCUUUGGUUUGGUGCAGCUUUUGGCAUUUGGCAGGAGUCUUUGUCGGCAGGAUUGGUCUUAAAAUUGUGUUACAUGUCAGUGACCUUAAUAUAUGUUCCUUACAUGGAUUCUGUGUGUUUGUAGCAGCAGUCAGGGGUUGGAUCCUCAUCCCAGCUACUUUAGUGGAGUUUUGUGGAGUUUUCACUGUGAUUCCUUGGAAGGGAAGGUUGAUGGCCUGACCAAAAAAAUACCUUGCAGUUCCCAAGAAGAAUUGCAGAGACAUUUCAACCUGAAACAUUCCUCCUUGGGCUUUUGAGCAGUUGGGAUAUUUACUCAGGAUAUUGGAUCAGUUGUUGGCCAGAAGGGAUUUGGUACAGCCCUAAAACCUUCAUUUCAGCCUCUCUUUCUGCUGUCAAAUUUUUGGGGUUUAAACUGCCUGAGUAAAGACGUUGCACAUUCAUGAAAACCAGAGGCAUUCUAGAGAUGGCAGCUACAAAUCCAAAUUUAAAAUACACUGAAAUUACCUUUUUUUUUCCUUUGUGAGAAACGUGUUACAACUAGAAGAGCAAGUUUGAGUGUUUUGAGCACUGUCAGUAAGGUGACAGCAAUUUGAUGUUGGUUUUUGUCCAACAAAUGUAAAUCAAAUCAAGCCAGUGGAAUUUUAUCUCAGCGGCAGCAGUGAGGCAGAGGGAGAAAAAUUUAAACUCUUUUUUUUGCUAAAGAGUUUGUUGCCAUCCUUGGCCUUAAGUUUUAUCUCUUAAAAAUAGCCUGGAAUUGUUUGUUUUGUAGUUUAUAUCAGAGAAUCAUGGAAUGGGUUGAGUGGGAAGGGAUUUUAAAGAGCAUGCAGUCCCACCCAAGCCAUGGACAGGGACUCCUUCCACUAUCCCAGGUUGUUCCAAGCUCCAGUGUCCAUCCUGGCCUUCCACACUUCCAGGGAUGGAGCAGCCACAACUGCCACGGGAGCUAGAAAAGAAUUUGCCAUUUGAAACACAGGGGAGAAUUCACAAAACAUUUUAAAUGCCCCUUUGAAUCAGGCUGAUGCAGCUAAAGAACCAGUGGGCUUGAUGGCUGCAGCGUGGAGCUCUUCCCCAUUCUUUCAGGGAGGUCUGGAGCACUCUAGCCAAGAGCUCGAGCAGGAAUGAAGCGAAGCCAUCGAGCUGGAGCGGGCUGGUGAUGGGCUUUUGAUGUUUCUGUAUGUGCAGAGCAUCUCUCCCUCAGCUGCCUUGGCAGAAGCCUCCCUCUGCCAUUUAUUCCCUCUCUGCUCAAUGGCAGCGGGUGUGUUCUGCUGAUCAAAACACCCGGCACACUUGUGCUGAAUCCUUUCAGGCUGCAGCCGGGGUAAUUGGGAUGGGCAGGAUAAAUGCCUGGGAGUAUGGCAGUCACGGCGGUGGCAGCUCUUUUCAAUGGCUGGGUGUCCCUGACGUGUAAUUAACGGCUUUAGAACGACGGGGAUUGGCACGGGCCGUGAUUAAAAGGACUUCUGUCUUUCCUGUGAUGGAAAACAGAAGAUCUCCCGCCCCCUAAUUCUCCUUUAAUACCGGUGUUAUUAGUGACACUUGGAACACAGCUCCUCUGUAAACUUAAAUAAUGACCUCAGUGAAUGGUGACUUACAACAGCAGGGACUGAACCCAGCUCAGUUUUCUAUGCAAAGCUGCUCCUCCUGAUUCUGUGUUUCCAUGUGGGUGUCACUCCCAGUGAGUUUGGGAGACAAAAGAGGACAUGUGCUUGUGUGACAGCCUGGGGACAGAUUGCCCAGGGCCUGGUUUAGCUCUUCUGGCUCAUUUUGGAUUUAAGGAGAUCAUGAGUUCCACUGGACUCAUCCCGAGUUUUCACCUGUCUGCAGCUGGAGGGUUCCUUGGAGCAGGGAACGUCCCUGGCUCUUGGGUGCUGCUCCAAAUUGCCAUUCCCAGUUUGGAAGCCUUAUCAGCACUUACUGCCAUUUCUCCUCCAGCUCUGCUCUCUCAAUUUGCACAGUGAUAGGAGCUGACUCCCCUUUUUCCUUAAAAGAAUCUCAAAAUAUCCCCCCACAGAAAAGUUGGCUGGACACCAUCCUUGCCAUUCACCCAGGAUAUUCGGUGAUGACCCAAAUUAUCAUCAUUUUCCCCUGAUCUGUUGCUACAUUAUCCAAAAGCAUCUGCCACAGGGUGUUCUGUGCCUUCUAAAUCUGUUUUUGUGUCUGUUGCCCACUGAGCUCUGCAGCAUCUCUGCUCUGUUUUUGCCCCUAAGUUUCUUGACCAGAUUUUUCCACGGUGCUGUUCUCCGGUUUUCAGACAGGUUUCCACAUUUUGUUGGCACGUGAAGAUGCUUAGAGGGACUCUGAGUCAAAAUUUGUAAAACUAGCGGGUUCCUAUCACCAACGAAUUCUCUAGGGAGAGAAUUUAGGGACUUCCUUAGGCUCUUAUUUCAAUCUUCCAGUUACUUUUCAGCUUCUUUGCACUGAAAUCCUUGUGAAUCCCGGUUCAGAGCAGACCUGUGGCCCUGGGUACUUAAUUUCUUUCAGCAUAGUUCGCACCAGUGCACUCACAGUAGCAAUAGGAGCAACUUCUGUUUUAGAAAAUGCAUUUUUAGAUAUUCACUUGCUGCUGUCACUGGCCUCAAUUCAGCUUCCCGUCCUCCUCUCCCUUCUCCUUAACUAAUUAAAGUCUUCCAUGUUAUGGCAAGAUGGCAUAUGUAGCUUAAAUAACCCACCUCUUUAAUUAAGAGGUUGGAUUCAGCCUUCUGAGAUAUAUUUGACAUCAUUUGAGAUUUAAAAAUACAUUUUACUUACACAGUUUAUCCGUCAGAUCGCUCAAGGAGGGCAAAGAGAUAAUGAAAGUAAAUUAUUAAUUAAUAUUUCUCACCCAGUAUAUUCCAUUAAGAAUAUUAAGCAUUUUUUCCGUUCCUCAAAGCAUGUUUGACUUUGGAUAGAAUUUUUUUUUUUUUUUGAAGUCUGCCUGCUGAUGAAGCUGCUGCUGUCUCUCUUUGACAGGGCUGUAGGGACGGGGUGGAAGAUCCUCUUCAGGAGCUAACAGAGCCAGGAAUUCCAAAUACCAACUCACUGAGCAGGUUUUCCAUUUCCUUUAUGCAUUGUGAGCAGAUCUUUUCAAGCCCAACGUGCCACAGACUGUCCCUGACACAUCCGAGCCGUUCUUACCUUGAAAACAUUGGUAAAAAAUUACUGAGUGAAAACAGCAGCAGGAGCAUCUCCACUUCCAGUGAUUGGGGUGGAGUGGGAUAGGUUUGGGUUUGGAAUGCUGAAGGAAUUCGAGAUGUUGCUGGGAAAGACCUGGGGUGUUGCACAACUUCUGGAACUGCUCUCUGGAAGGGGGAAGCACCUUGGGGUGUUCCUUGAUGAGAGAAUUGAAGGGGUUUAGGAGCUAUUGCUGGAAUUUGAGCUGUGCUUUUGUUCAUUUUCUCACAUGUAGUUCAGAUGUAGUUCAGAGAAUCCUGGAAUGGUUUGGAUGGGAAGGAUCAUUAAAUCCCAUCCUCUGCCAUGGGCAGGGACACCUCCCACUAUCCCAGGCUUCUCCAAACCCCGUCCAGCCUGGCCUUGGACACUUCCAGGGAUGCAGGGGCAGCCACAGCUUCUCUGGGAAUUUCAUCCCAGCCACACCCUCACAGGGAACAAUUCCUUCCCAAUAUCCCUGCCCUCUGGCAGUGGGAAGCCAUUCCCUGUGUCCUGUCCCUCCAUCCCUUGUCCCCAGUCCCUCUCCAGCUCUCCUGGAGCCCCUUUAGAUGCUGGAAGGUUUCCCUGCAGAGUUCCCGUUCAGUUUAGCUAAACAUUCCCACCUUGGCAGCCAGGAGCAGUUCAAUUCACCACUUCCUUCCUUCAGAGCUCUUUACUUACACAAAUCUUUCUUCUGGAGAGCUUUUUAUGUCUCAGUCCUCUUUCUCCAGGGUCUUGGAGAGAAUAAAUGCUCUUGAGAUGUUUGAAUGUUUAUAAAUCCAUUGGAUAUAUGUGAUAAAUCUGUAAAGAGUGAUGCAGAAUAGAGAGACAGUUUAAAUUAAGGUUGGGUUUUGAUUUUUUUGGGGUUUUUUUGGUGUUUUUUUUUGUUUUUCUCAAGUAGGUGGAAUCGGGAGUUUGCAUCAGGAUUGUGGGAGGCCACCUGACCUUCAGGGUCUCCUCGUAGGUGACAGACUGGUCCCUUUUGGCCUUAAUUGUAAAUCUGUGACUCCAAAGAGAUAAAACAUGUCUUUUACCUUUAGGACUUGUUCAGAAUAUCGAAUAGUUUAUAGCGAUUUGAGUUCUGGAGGGGUUCUCUGCCGCAAGAACUUUCCAUCAGAGAACACGUCGUGCCUUAUGUUUCUAACCCCAGUUGCAGUUCCAUACAAUAAAAAAUCUUGUACCAUUACCCCAAAAUUUCAGCAUAAAUAGAAUUUGAUCAAUUACAACCAUUUCUUUGGGCUGCAGUGCCUCAGCAGCUGAUUUUCACAAAUGCCGUUGUCAGAGGGCUUCAAAAAACCUCACAGCCAGCACAGGCCCUCUUGCUAAACUGAUGUCUCCGUAUUUCUUCCAUGGAGCUUGCAUUCCUUGAAGGAAUUCCUGUGGAGAGUCUGAGCUCAACCCUCCUCAACUGCUCUGAGCCGUUUGCUUCUCCCUGAAGUUGAUUCUGAGUACUCAAUUUGCCACAUUACUUUCCCAGAUUUCAGUGCUUCUCAUAGAAAUAAUUCCUUUUAUCUUUCCUGCCAGCUGCUUCACACCCCGAUAAUCCCAUUUUACCUGGUUUGUCUGUUCUGAAGUGCUCUGACCUGAAGCUGUUGUCCUUCCAGCCUCCAAGUAAGGGAUUGAUGUUGUUUCCACCCCAUAAAAAGCAGUCCAGUGUAGGGCAGAAGUUUUCCAAACUUUCUGCUCUGGGCUUUCCCAGCUCUCAGACCCUCCUGCCUUCCCUCCUUGCAGUUUGGAUGAUUAGAAAGAAUCACAGAAAUAGCAAUUUUUAAGUAUAAUUUUUUUAUUACUAUUAUUCUUUGGACUUUUUUUUUUACUGGGAAGAUUUGUUUACUGGGAGACAUUCCCCUUUCCUUUGGCCUUUUAGAUGGUGCUGUAUCCAUUACUUACUUGAAGUAUAUAUGAAAUAAAAACAAUCUUACCUACUUUGGCCGAUUAAAAAAAAAAAUCAGCUCAUAAAUUCAGCCAGUUUACAGCAGGUUCCUCACUUGCACAAUCCUGUGUGAAAUCAGGUGGUUGGACCAUGGGAGAAGGACAAGGUGGAAAUGUUUCUUUCUCAUGGAACCGUGGAAUGGUUUGGGUUGGAAGGGACCUUAAAGCUCAUCCAGUUCCUCCCUCUGCCGUGUGCAGGGACACCUUCCACUAUGCCAGGAUACUCCAAGCCCUGUCCAGCCUGGACUUUCUCGUUCCAAUUUAUUUUCCCUUGUUUGCCCUUCGUGUUGGAACCUUAAUUGGAGCAGUGGAUUUCCCCAGUUUGGGCGUUGGGGACAGGAUGCCUGGAUUUGCACAGCUUUCCCAGGAGUCUGCUGCUUCCCCUGGACCCUUCAUUUAUCCAGGGCUAGGGAUCCCUCAUUGCAGCCAGAGUAGCUUUUUAUUAUUAUUCCUAAGUUGGUUUAGGCUUGAAAAUCAUUGGAAAAUCUCGAAGUCACUUUUCCAAAUGAAAAAAUUUACAGUGAAAACAGAGUUCGGAUUUUGAGCUCCCCAUCUUCCCGUGUUAUCCACUGAAUUUUCUGUUCCUUUUUUUUGGCUUUUGUGUGAAUUUGGGUCAGCCUGGAGCUGGUGACUGGUUUUUGGUUGCUGAGGGGUCAGAGCCCUGUUUGUUCUUUCUGGCGGGACAGAUUCCCCGUUCUUUCACCCAACAAAAACCCAGAAGCAAAACCCCUUUUUCCUCGCUGUUGGCUCCAGGAAUGUCUUUCUGAAUCUUAUCAAAGCCUCCCUGAUUUUGCUGCUGGAGUUCUGGGUGGUUCUGGUUGAGGCUGGGAGAGCCCGGCGUCCCCUUGGAAGUCAGAUCCCGCUGGAUGACAUGAUGCCGUCGUGCCACAGGCUGUGCCCUGAAGAUAAUACCAGAUUUAAACUCAGUUUAGUUUCACAGCGGUUCUGUGGAAUGGUGACGAGUCAAAGUCAGUUGUGGCCAUGGGGAGCUCUGUUUUCCUGACACAUUCCUUUGGCUGUCUUCCUCUUGGUCUUGAUGAUCUUCCCAAGGCUGCUGAAAGCCCGGGAAGCGGGAGAUAAUGUGCAGUACUUCUUUCGUUUUAGGAUUUUUUUUCUUAGUGUCGAUUUAAAAAGUGCCUAAGUGAGGAACAGGACUCCAGAGUGAGCUGGAGGAAUAGGAUUAGACCUCAUUUCCCUCUGAAGAAAAGAGCCCUCCCUGCACUUCCCUCCAAUGAGUCCGGAGCCCGGCAGAAUCCGGCUGGAAAAACCUCCCUAUUCUUUCCUCCUGCUGCCCCCCUCGGUUCUCAGUCUUUUGGGGGGGAUCUCAGUUCUCACCCAAACGUUCGCAGUCUCUGUUUUGGGGUGGAUGGCAAAGAGGGGGGAAGCUUGGAUGGAAUUGAGUAGGAAACUGCCUCUGGGAUUGCAGAUAGAAGGAGCUCUGUGUGAUAAACGUCCACCUCCGGAAAACCAGGCCUGUGUGGAAAAAGCUGAUGUGCUUCUUUAAUCACCUCCUUUGGAAUCACGGAACGGUGUGGGUUGGAAAGAACCGUAAAAUUCAUCCAGUCCCACUCCCAGCCAUGGGCAGGGAAGCCUCCCACUAUCCCGGGUUGCUCCAAGCCCCGUCCAACCUGGCCUGGAAUAUUUCCAGGGAUGGCAGCCAAAACCCCUCUGGAAUCCCAAAGGCAGUUUCUUCCUAUAUUCUUAAUAAUUUCUGGGCUUAUCAUAGUGGCACCUGCUACUGUCCAAAUAAUCCUAACUCUUGGCAGGUGGUUUUAAUUUUGUAUAGGUGAGAAUCUUACGUGGGUUUAAAGAAUAGAGGUAUCAGUGAUAUUUUUAAAAAUUUCAUCGGAGGAGGAUUUCUUCUGACCAGAGUGAAAGGAGGUAACAGAACACUAUCAAGGUGUUUUAGUACCGCUUAAGGGUUCAGCAAAUGAAAGCAAUCCGUGUGUAGAUGUUUUAUUUUUCAUUAGCAACAAAGUGUUUUCACUCUGACAACAUCCGAGGUGGGAAAGCCUGGGAAAGGACUGUUGGCAAGGAAAGCUGUGAGGACAUCUCUGCAGAGGGCAGAAACUCAGCCUCUGGGGAGUGGAUGGGUGUUGGUAGAAGCAGUGAUCCUGUGGGAAUCCAUUGCCGGGGUCCUGAUGGAAAUCAGGACAUUUCCUGAUGGAAAUCCACUGUUAGUGGAGCCCGUUGCACACACGCACCCUUGGCCCUGGCUCCGAGAUGCCUUUUGGAAGUGACAUUUUCCCUCAAAAGCGUCACUGGCAGCGGGUGUUGGUGACAGCAGGUGGGUGCUGUCGUUGAGCGUUGCAAACCCACGGGUGAGGGCACGGUGGAACAGCCUCAGAGCCACACGAGAACAGAGCAGAACCCCAGCGCGGGCCGGGGAGGUUCCUCACAUCCAAAUUUCUGCGUGUCUCGACUUUGUCCCACCGUGACCUCGACCUGGGGGCGGGUGCCAGCCGUGCGUCUCCUGUCCGGGCUGUGCUGGGGUGGCUCCAGCCGCCUCCUGUCACUUCACUGUCACCAGAUACACCGGUGACACCCAGGACGAGCCGUGUGCUGCUGUCCCUGCCCUGUCCCUUCCUCCAUUGGCCUCUCCCCCCCGGCUGCUGGUGUUCCCCAGCUGGGCCCCGUGUCUCAUCUGCUGUAGGUGUCCUGCCUACCUCAAGAGGUAACCAUGGGAUCCUGGAGUGGUGUGGUCACCCUCUGGUCAGUUUUCCAUGAGCACUAGCGCACACACUCACACUCACACACACACUGGAAUGUAUAUUCUCCUAUCCCCAGCCCCCAAAUAACCUCUUGACCUGAUCCUUGCCGUAGCCACCACCAACUCCUCUUGCAAAUUGGAUGCUGCUUUAAAUGUGAAAACAAAUGUUCGAGAAGCUAUAAAACCUGAAUGAAAGCUAAAGCUGAAUUUAUAAAGCCUUGUUGCAUAUGAGCCAAAAGUGCAAAAAGCUCUAUAUAAUGAACUAACCUGCCACUCAUAUAAAUAUAAAUAUAUAUAAAUAUAUUAAAAUCAGACUGUUCUACAAAAUUGUGUAUUUGUAUUUUUGUGUACGUACAAUUUUCUGCUAAGCAGAAGGAGGAUGUAGUAUAGGAUGAUGUGAGAAGAGAUUUUGUUUAAUCAUAUUUCUUUGUUACUUAUUUUUGUUAACAUCCAGAUGCCUGUCUUUGUCUUAUGUGUAUGACACUGUUCCAAAGGUGCAGUAUCCCUCUCCCGCCGUGCGUCCGACCUCCUUCCUCCGCAGGGAACGAGUCAGGUGAUGCCCCUCAUCAUCAUCAUCAUCAACCAUCUUCGUCAUCCCCUUCAGAUCCACCCUGGUCUUGAUCUUAAGGGCUGCUCCUCCAGCUGAAAGAUGAGAUGUUUCAUUUCCCCGCGCCUUUUGUCGCUGCUCCUCGUCGUGAAGUUGAAUAUUCAUGUGCUGGUUGGCUCCUCUGCACGUAGUUGUUCCCCAAAUGCAUUUCCAUGCUCUGCUGCUGCUCCUCAGCCUGACAAUUUUUUUGGGAAAAAAAAUGGAUUGGGAAGUUGGGAGGGAGGACGAGCAGAUCCUUGUGGUGGGAAGUUGCUUGUGGGGAAGAAAGCGCUGGGGUGGUUCUGGGGUGAACCUCAGUCACACCCCACGAGGGGUGGAGCAGGAACCUCGUGUUCCCCGCGGUGGCUGCUCCUGGGGGGCUUGGCUGCCAGGAAGGAAGGCUGGGGAGGUGUUGGGUUGCAGCUCUCCCCGUGCCCCGUCAGGAACAUCCACCCCAGCACCCCUGUUGGCUUUUGGCACUUUGGCUCUUGGCUUUGGGAAAGCUGGAGCAGCCUUGAGAGGGGUCCCUCUGUUCACGCCUGAUGCCCUUGCAGUGAAGGCACUGGGUGUUGAGAAGAACAUUCCAGACUCUUCUCCCAGUCACUGCCUUCAUCUGCACGGUGCUGAUGGCUCCCCGUGAGGAGACGAGGAAUAGUGCAGGAAACCUGAGAACCCGUGGGAAUCGUUAUUUAUCCAUCACAGAACUAUCCAGGGCAACAAAGGGCCAAAGAAAUGGGAUAGAACAGGAUGUAGUGGAGUGACUGAUGGGAAGCUUGGGGCAGGAGAUGAUGGAAGUUCAGUCCCAUCACAGUCCCUUGAGGGAGCUGCCCAGCCUCCAUCCCAAAUGCAGGUGAGGGUCUGUGUCCAUCCCACCUUCCCCUGGCAGCAGGUGCUGUGAAAAUGAACCAUCAACCUCUCCCCUUGUGUCUUCUUUUUCUCCUAAUUUAAUCCCUGUCUUUGUUAGAGCUGACCCACGGCCCGGGGAGAGCGAUACUGCACCUUUCCACGUAGGGCUCAUAUUUAUAACAAUGUGUAAUGACUGUAGCAAAAGUCCUUGUUUCUGUAUGUGAAUGGACAGAGAAACAAGUGCUCUAUUGUAUUGAUUAAAAUAGUUCAAAUGAGUCCUGUAUCAUUGUAUCUCCUAUUCUGGAUUAGUGCCUUUUGGACAGUAGACUGUUCUGUAAUUAAAAUGUAGUAUAACUGCUUUUUUGUACAGUUUUGUUUUAAUAAAACUUUUUUUUAAUUUG